GGGGUGGGGAUGCGGGCGAUGGGCUCCUGCGCUUGGCCCCUCGCUGGCUGGCGACGGGGCUCGGGGGCCCUGGGUUCCCUUCCCUGGGGAGGGAUAAGCGGGACUCACUGGGCGCUCGGGCCUGGCGGCGGGCACCCGCACUGCUUUUCGAGACGGAGGAAGGUCACUUGCGGGAGCUGCGCGGCACAGUGUUUGUUUUGCCCUUGCUCGCAUUUAGGAAGAGAGGAGCAGGCUGGGCAGCGGGGCGAACUUACUGGUGGGACGGACCCAGCGAGGCGUCGUUACUGCAGGUCCCCAACCCAUCCAGUGAGCAGACACGUAAUUAAGGAAAUGUUAGAAUGCAGAGCCUGUGAAUGCGGCAAGACCCGACACCCCUCCCUAGCUUUUCGGGAGCUGAGAUGUUGGCUGGGGAAUAAUGCGGGUCUGCAGGUUCCUAGUUGGGCAGCGACUGCUCCGAAUCCGGAUUAGUGGCUGCUGGUGUCUGCAAGGGGGUCGUAGGGCCGUUCACUGCUCCCGCUUUGGCCUUAUUUUGUUCAGUGUUUGUAUUUUAAGGUGCUUUCUCCAAAAAUAAUGUAAGUGCAGUGCCUCUCAGUUACUUGGAAGAAGGUGCAGGCUAGACCAUGGAAAAUGUGCAUCAACCUAAGGCCGGGAACAUAAUCCCCCCAAUCUUUCCCAUCUUCCCAAAUGGCGUCACUAUUCACCUGGGUUUUCAAGCCCUAAAUGUAAGAAUAAGUCUCUCUCUCUUACUCCUCAAGACAAUUCAUAACUAGUCUUGCAGCUUCUGCCUCAAAAAUGUAUUUCCAGCCAGCCCUACCCUUUCCACGUCUGGUGCCCCUGGCUGGCCCAGCCGGUCUGUCUCCAGGUGGACUUCCAUGGGAGCCUCUCACUGCUCCCAGGUAGCCUCGCCCUACCGUAAGUCCAUCGCUAUCAGCCUGGAGGAGCUCUUUAAAAUGUAGAUGAAAUGGCCACACCCUGAUUAAAACUCUUCAAAGGAUUUCUCAUUCCUUAAGGUCUCAGUGCUUCAGCUUCCUAACAGAGGUCUUCCUCAAACCUGUCUGAAAAUAACUUUACAAAGGAGCCUUUCCUCACAGUGAGGUUCCCGGAGACACUUGGAGGGGUAUGCCGGGUAAAUAUUUCCAUAGCCAUACUGUUAACAUUUGCACCAAUGGUACGAAAACCAUUCCGGGUAAAAUUGCUGACGCCUUUGCAGGGAUGCAGGCGGCCGUGGCAUUGGACUGUGGGAAGCUGUGCUGUCUUCAUGCAUUUCACUCAAAAACAACAUACUGAAUAUAUUCCAAGUAAAAUAAUUUGCAGGAAAAUAAAACAUAACAUAUUGCAACAGAGAGAAUGCAGAGGCAGACGUGAGGAUCCGCUUGUCUUCUAUCUACUAAGCCAGACAUUAAAAAGAUUUGUAAAAGUGAAAACUCUUCUUACUGCUUUUUCGGAGAAUAUAUUUUUCGUAAAAGUGUGUAUUUGCAUUAACAUAUAAUAGGUUUGUUUUUAAAUGAAUAAAUAUUUUAAAAAGUGCUCAGUUUUAAUUUCUAAUAGGGCAAGUGGCGAUAUAAUCUGUAUAAACUUAAGGUGUUUGGGGUCCUCAAUAAUAUUUAAAAAUGUAAAAAGAUCCUGAGAUCAAAAUGUUUGAGGACUGUUGCUCUGUCAGUUCACUGUCUUAAUAAUGUUUCUCAUUAUCUGAAAUGAUUUUGUUUUGUCUGUUACCAUUAUGGAUUUUAUGCCUAAGAAAAACUGGGAAGGUCGGUGGGGCUUUUUACAGAUAGGGGGAAUAAAGCUCAGAGAGGUUCAGUGAUUUGGAAGGUCCACCCAGCUAGUGUCAGAGUUGGGAUUUGAGUCUAUAUUUGAGUCCAAAGUGUGCAUUUUAUUAUUUUGUCUUGAUGAAUAUAAAGCCCAAAUAUGGGUUAAUGAAUUUCUUGAACAAAUAUGUUGAAGCACUUCCUGUGGUGGGCGGGUACUGCUAGAGGCUGGAUCACAGAGCUCAGCAACAGAGAACAGGAUCUCUGCCGUGGCCCUUGAGGACCGCGCAUGUCCUGUGAUGGUGGGAAUGUCAGAAUGGAAACCUCAAGAAAACAUGAGUAGGCACUGAAAAACAUUUCUUGGAGUAAUAAUUAGCUUAGGACAUAAGUGCCGUAGUCCCCCCACCCCACCCCCCAUACCCGUGGUUUCAGUCCCUUGCGGUUGGAAGCAGGUGGCCCUCUUUCUGACACAGUGUCAGAAGGUCCUGGUAGCCUAACGCUGUGUCAUGGUGCCUUACUUGAUGGCAUCACAAGAAGAAGGGUGAGUGCAGCACAGUAAGAGACUUAGAGGGAGAGAGACCACAUUCACCCAACUUCUACAGUGUAUUGUUAGAGUUCCUAUUCUGUUAUUAUUGUUAAUCUUUUACUGUGCCCGAUUUCUGAGUUAAGCUCAGUGAGAGGUACGUAUGUGUAGGAGAAAACGGUACAGCUAGGGUUCAGCACGCCGUGGUUUCAGGCACCCACUGGGGGCCUGGCAGUACACCACCUGUGGCGGGGGGGGGCUUCUGGAGUGAAGGAAGCCUCCUGUGGGGGUCGGUGGGGGCCGUGUUUAUUGAGCACUUGCUUGGUGCCUGGCACUGUCGGAUAUAAAGAUGAGUGAAAUCGCAUUUUUUCCUUAUCGUACUUAUUUUAGUUUACUCUCACUAAGUAGUAAUGUGACCUUGAUGGUCUUACAUGGCUUCCAUUUGUUUUUUCCAGUGUGGUGGUAUGGAUUUUUUCUCCUGAGCUUGUACCUUUAGUUGGCCUCCUGCUAAGUUUUUGUUUUCUGUUGGAGGAAUAUUUAUACUACUUCGUUUCCAGAGAGAAGAGACAAACAGACCUUGAGCCAGAUGAAUAAACAAGUCUUCUCUUGCUCAGAUGAUCAGUUUGGGCCAUUUUAGCUCUGGAUGAAUUCAGGGUGAAUUCUCCAAGGGGACUAGACUACUAGGAUGAGCUAAGAGCCAUGGACUUUAGCAUACUAGGUGGCGGGAGAUGCUCUCAGGUUUAAAGGUGACUCAUGUACUUCAGCAGACAAAACUACUGGCAGGAACGAGGGGAGGACAGAUUCUGCUUAAAAUAAUAACAACUUUCUAACAGUAUUGGGUAUCCAAGGAUGAAAAGAUUUCUUCAUAAAGGAGCACCUUUCAUUCUCCAUACUUGAACUUUUUAGGUAGGCAGAGACUUGGACUUUUUAGUAUUUUGAGAAAAGUGUGUUAGGUAACACAUCAAAUUUAAAGAUUUUAUGAUCCUGGAAUCAAGUAGUGAGUUAACAGGAGUUCAAAAUCUUGGUCUUUCCCACAAUAAAGGAAAAAUAUGUCAUUAUAAGGAUUUACUAAAAAAAAAAAAAUCUCGGUCUUUGACACAAAUACAGCCUGGGAAAACGUACAAAACCAUAAUUCUUUGUGAGAUAAAGUCAAUUCAGCAGUUUUUAGAAUAAUGCUUAUCCUAUAUCAGGGUCUUUCUAUUUUCUCUCUGUACAAAGGCCAUGUCUUUGUGCUCACGCAGUUAGUGUUUUUCAAACUACUUUUUAGUCUUAGAACUAAUGACGUGAAAUAAUAUGGCAAGGUCUCAAGUGGCGGUUUUCACUCUUGGCAAAACACCAUGGAAUUACCUGGGGGAGCUUUUAAGGAUCCGGAGGAGCAGGCUGUGUCUGAGCCUGUGAGGUGGGACUGAGGCAUUGCUGCACUGAAGGGUCCCUGGUGGGGCCACUGCGUGGUCAGGGCUGAACACCACUGGUCCACGGCAAAGCGGUUCUGGUGGAAGGGCAGGAGACUGCGGGAUUCAGAGACAGACAGCCCAUACCCUCUGGGGUGCCUUCCCCCCAAAUCUCAGCAGAGUUGAAAACUAUUGCUUUAGUGGAUUAAGAUGAAUACUUUAUGUAAUCAGCCGCGUGAACGGACAGUGUGCUCUUACUACAGGAGUUAAACACUCAGUUGUUUACGGGUCAGACAGCUAAUGCAGACUAGUGUGUCAGUUAAAGGUAGUCGUGACAGGUAAUAGCCGGUCUGGGCCCUGGUCCUGCUCUGCUGCAUUUGAUUAUUGCCGCGGCUUUCGAGUUUUCAAGAGAAGCCAGACGUGUGUAUUUCUUUGAAACCCUUAAUGUUGUAUUUUAGCAAUUAUGUUAAUUGAACAAAACAUCUCCAGAGGAAGUGCACAGACUUUCCUGUGCUUCAUGAAUUUCCAUAUGUAACCAGCACCUAGGACAUAGGCAGGAUCUCCCAGAGUUCCCUUGUUCCUUCCCAGUUAGCACUGCCUUCCCUCUCCCUGCUCCAUGCACUCUCCUCUUCAGGUACCACAGGGUAGUUUGACCCAUUUUCAAACUAAAUGGAACUCAUAGCAUGGACCCUUUUGUUUCUGGCUUCCUUCACCCAGUGUUUGUUUUUAUGAGAUUAUCCCUGUUAUCAUUCCGCAGAAACAGGUUCAAUUACAUGGUUGUAUAUUGUUCCAUUAUAUAAUGUACUGUCAGCUUGUCCUUUCUACUGUAGGUACUUUGGUUGUUUCCAGUUGGGGACUAUUACAUAUAUGUGCUGCUAUGAACUUCUGCAUUUCUGGGUCAUAGCAGACACCGUCAAACAGUUUUCCAGUGAAUGUACUAACUUCUCCUACCAGCGGUGUCAGAGAGUUGCGUUCACUCUGUCCUUUAGCAUUUUAGCCAUUCUGGUAUGCGGAGUGUUAAUUUGAUUUUAAACUUGCAGUUCUGUGCUAAUAAAGACCUUAUAUUUAUUAGCCAUUUGUUCUCUUUCGUGAGGCUGUCAUUUAAGUCUUUUCCGAUUUUCCUACUGGGUUGAAUAUUUAUUUAUUUAUUUAUUUUAGUUAAUAGACUUUAUUUUUUAUAGCAGUUUUAGGCUUACAUUAAAUUGAGCAGAUAGUACCUAUUCCUACAUGCUCCUAAUUCUCCCCCUCAGGCUGUCCCCUGUUAUUAACACCUUGUGUUAGUCUGGUACAUGUGUAACAAUUAAUGAACCGAUUUUGAUACAUUAUUAUUUAAUAAAGUCCAUAGUUUACAUUAGGGUUCACUGUCUCCAUAGUUCUGCUUGCUCUCAAAUACCGCAUAGCUGGAAUCAUACAAUAUGUAGCCUUUGCAGACUGCCUUCUUACUAGGCCAUGUGCAUUUAAGAUUCCUUCAUGUCUCUUCAUGGCUUGAUAGCUCGUUUCUUUUUAUUGCUGAAUGAUAUUCCAUUGUCUGGAUGCACCAGUUUGUUUGUUUAUAUUUUGAAGGAUAUCUUGGUUGCUUCCAGUUUUUGGCAAUUAUAACUUGCUGUAAACAUUUGUGUGCAGGUUUUCAGCUCAUUUGGGUAAAUGUUGAGGACCACUGUGCUGGAUUGUACGGUGAGACUGUGUUUAGCUUUGCAGGAAAUUGCCAAACUCCUCCAAAGUGGCUGGGUGAUUUUGCAUUCUCACCAGCAGUGAAUGAGAGUUCCUGUUGCUCCACAUCCGUGUCUGCAUUUGGUAUUAUUAAUAUUAUUUUUUAAUUCUAGUCUUUCUAAUAGGUGUGUAGUGGUAUCUCAUUGUUUGAAUUGCAGUUCGCUUAUGAGAUAUAAUGUAAAGCAUCUAUUUGUAUGCUUCCUUGCCAUCUUUGGUGAAGAGUUCUGUCUUUUCAUUAUUGAUGUAUAGGAGUUCUUUAUGUAUGCUGUAUAUGAGUUCUUUGUAUUUUUCUGUUCACUCUUUUUAGGAUAUCUUUUCAUGAAAGAAGUUCCUAAUCUUAAUAUUGUCUAAUGUAUCAGUUCUUUCAUGUUUGGUAUUUUUGGGACCUGUGUAAGGAGUCUGACAGUUGUAAGAUCAUGAAGGCCUUUUCCUAUAUUUUCAUCUUUAUUGUUCUACUUCUCACCUUUAGAUUCAUCAUCUACUGUUGAAGGGCAUUUGCAUUGUUUUAAUUUGCUGGCUGUUGUAAAUAAUGCUUCUGUGAGCAUUUUUAAACACGUGUUUUUGGUACACCUAUGUACACAUUUCUGUGGGGAUAUACCUAGGAGCGGAAUUGCUGGGUUACAGGGUUUGUGUGUGUUCAGCUUUGGUCACUGCUGCUAAAUGGUUUUUGAGUGACUGUAGUGAUUUUCACUUUCUAGUGGAAUAUGAGAUUUCCAGCUGUUCCACAUCCUCAUCAAUCCUUGUUUUUUUCUUUCUUUUUAAUUUUAGCCCUCCUAGUAGAUGUGUAAUUUACUUUUCUAAAACAAUAUUUUUUGUUUCAUAUUUAUCAUUCCUUGGAUUUUCACAACAACCCAUAAGUACGCAGGAUGGAAAUCAGCCGCAUCUUUGGAUGAAGAAUUGAGCUGAGCAACAGAUUAUCUGCUUUGCAGAGAUCUUACUAACCACUUGGCAGGACUGACAUUCAUAAAGCUCACGAUUCCCAGUCUUGCUUUCAUCACCAUCUCCCUAAUCUUUGACCAAUAACCCAUGUUUUAAUCUAUAGAUACCCAUUUUUUAAGAUAUGUACAUUAAAAAUAGUAUGUACUGUGCAUACACACUUCAUUGGAAAUUGGGACAGAAUCUUGGACUGGGCUACCCAUAAUUUUCUGUGGCACCCUUUAGCUGUACUUGAUUGUUGUUGCAGUGCUAACAUAAAUUGUACAUUUGUGGAGAUGAGAAACAGAAUAAUGGCAGCAAAUAGAUCAACAAAAAAUUAUUCUAUUACAUAUAGAAAAUUAGUUUUUUGCAUUGUCUAAGGACACAUUAUUCUCAGCAAUACAUUCCCGGAUCAUUCUCAAAAAGGCAUUGUUACUUUUAGACCUUGGGCCUUGGGUUGUUUUAGCUAGAUGGGGAGGCUGUAGAUACUGAAGAUACUAUUUUGUUAUAAUUUUAACACACCAUGGUUUUGUUAAAUUGGAAUAGUGUGUGUGGUGUCUAAAUAUACAUCCGUCUGAGUUUAACGUCUUCUUUAGAAAUAAAAAUGUACAGGUAAUAAAAGCAAAUAUUUGAAAGAGGAUUGACAUUCCUUUUAAAGAUAGAGACAGUCGGGGUGCCUCGGUGGCUUAGUCGGUGAAGUGUCUGCCUUCGACUCAGGUCCUGAUCCCAGAGUCCUGGGAUAGGGCUGUGUCGGGCUCCCUGCCCCUGCUCAGCAGGGAGUCUGCUUCUCCCUCUCCCUCUCCCUGCCAUUCCCCUGCUUGUGCUCUCUCUCUCUGCCAAAUAAAUAAAAUCUUUAAAAGAAAAAUAGAGACAGUGUAGUAAUAUGAGGCUUGAAAGGGAAACUCCACACAGAUACAAAUACUGACAAAGUGGGCAUAUUGAAGGCACACCUGGGUAAAGGUGAACUUUACUGUGGGAACAUGAGCGACCUGACCCUGUUAGGGACCCUUUAGUGAGUCUUUGACCAGGUAUUUAUCUUUAACUCUGUGUCACAGAUAAUAUUUCAUAUCGUUUAUCAUGAAACCAGUAUCAAUGUUGCAGACUCUAAUUGUCUCAUUGAAACUACUCGUGGUUUUGACAAGCAGCGUACUUUGGCUUGACUCUCAGUUGAAUAUGUUUUAUACUGAAAGAACAUAAACAGAGUUAAGCUUACAAUUGACAUAAAAUACUGUUGAUAAAAUCCAGGUUCACCUUCUGUUUUUAUAGUAGACACAAGAUUGAAAUUGGGGUUUAAAAAAAAAAAAAAGAAAUUGGGGUUUCAUCUCAGAAAUCAUGACCUUGAGAGGCAUGGAAGCCUGAAUACUUAGGAGAGAGCCUUGAACUAUGAGUUGAAAAUUACUUCCAGUUCUGCCCUGGCUAACUGUGUGAUUUUGACCAAGGGGCUAAGUUUUUCUGGGGUCUUAGUUUCCUUAGCUAUACAACAAGGAGAUGGAGUGUAUAACACACCUAUUCCCCCCAAGUAAAUUUUAUUUCUUACUUUUUAAUGUAACCCCUUUUGAACAGGUAAUACAUUAUAAUGCUUCAGAAUUUAAAAAAAUUAAAGUCCCUUUCCCAGCCCUAUUUCCCAGUCAGAUAGUUACCUUUUUACAGGUAACCAAUGCUGUUAUUUUUUCUGUAGUUUUACAGGGAUAUUUUAUGCACAUACAAGCAAAUAUGUGGUAUAUCUGCCCCACCCUGCCCUUUUUAAAGGAGUGAUAGCACCUAGAACAUACGGCUUUUUUUCAUGACUACAUUUUGAGGAUUGUUUUUUUAUAUGAGUACAUUUCAUUUCCAAAUGAAUAUUUACCUAAAAGCAAAUACAUUGAAUAAGUAAUGGGUGCAAUUCAAAAAGUGCCAGAGUCUUCCCUGGUAAUACCCACCCCUCUUGGUGCAGGCACUUUUGAGUUGACAGAUGGCUUGUUCCUUUUUUUUUUUUUUUAAGAUUUUAUUUAUUUAUUUGACAGAGAGCAUGCAAGCACAAGUAGGCAGAGAGGCAGGUAGAGGGAGAGAGAGAAGUAGAGUGCCUGCUGAGCAGGGAGCCCGACGCGGGGCUUGAUCUCAGGACCCCAGGAUCAUGACCUGAGCCGCAGGCAGAUGCUUAACCGACUGAGCCACCCAGGCGCCCUUGUUCCUUCUUAGAAGGAAGCAGGUGCUUAUGGCUGGUGCUGUGAACUCAAGCACUUUCUUUUCUGACAGAUUCUAUGGAGAAAAUAACGUAGAUGCAUUUCAGCUGGCUCCUAGGAACAACCAAAUGGCUAAGGAAAUGUACAAAAUAGGAAUAGUCAGUGGAUGCAUAACAAGUGGGAAGAAAACUAAUUUAGGUAAUUUUGAGGUGAAGGGUAUGAGUCAGGCUAUAAGUGGAGAUUAGAUACGCUGGUCUUAGGCACUUUGGACAACUGGGUAGAGACCAAAAGAGUCAUUAGCUUUCAUCUUAUCUCUGACUAUUUAGCAAAUAUUUGCUAGGCACUCAGGAUGUGCCAGGCUUGUGCAAGCCUUUGGAGGUUCAGUGACCAAGUAGAAAGGGCUCACGGGCCCAAGCACUGCAGAGUUUUAUCUGAAAAAGUCCAGCCAUGCUCAGACCUGAAUGCUGACCAGUGUGAGAGGAACAGGAGAAAACAGGAGAAAGGAGAAAAGAAGAAACUAGAAAACAGUAAAAAUAACACACACACAUACACACACGAAAGUAAAGAGGAGAAAGCAUGGUAGCUGAAGUGGGACCCUACCUGAAGUAGGGGCGACAGCUGUCAGACUUCUCCAAGGCCUGUUUGGCGACCUCAGAAAGCAUCCUAAUGUCAGAAUGAAGAGCAGAGAAGAAGCCUCCAUGGUUAGAGAGCUGGGUUCUCGGGGACAAGAUGUUGGAAGACGGGGACGCCUGGGGGGCUCAGCCGGUUAAGCGUCUGCCUUCAGCUCAGGUCAUGAUUCCAGGGUCCUGGGAUCCAGCCCCACGUGGGGCUCCCUGCUCAGCGGGAAGCCUGCUUCUCCCUCUGCCUCCGCUCGCCCUUCUUGUGCUUGUGUGCUCACGCUCCUCUCUCUCAAAUAAAUAAAUAAAUAAAUAAAAUCAAUCUUCAAAAAAUGUUUUAAAAAAAUGUUGGAAGACGGGCCUGUUGAGAGCAGUAGAGAUGUCAACUACUUUUUGGAAAGUUUUUAUUCAAAACAAAAAUAAAAACAGAUACAAAGUUUGGGGGUUAGCUCAGUUAGUUUAGAAAAUGAAUCUGGUGUAUCUCAUUUUAAUAUUAAAAAUCCCUCAGCAGGAUUUAUGGAUAGCUGAGGUCUUCAGUGCAUAGUGCUUAAGGAUUUAAGUCAGAUGCAAACUGGAGUUAAAUCAAUGGAAUGCUAUAAAUGCAAUAGGUUUUGUUGAACCAUCAUAUCAUAGGCAAUUUGUAUAAGAGAUCAACUUAGCAGGGCAUCUGACUGGUUCAGUCAGUUGAGCAGGCGACUCUUAAUCUUGGGGUUGUGAGUUCGAGCCCCACACUGGGUGUAGAGAUCACUUAAAAAGAUCAACUUAGCUCUUUAGAUGAGAGGUAAGGACAGACCUUUGCCAUUAAGAUUUAGCUGGCUGGACUGACUUGCUGCGCCUGGUCUUGGGAGAAGAGCAGUUUGUGGGCUUGUCCAGUCCCCAUUAUGGACCAGGCCUGGAUAUAGCUGUGGCAGAGUAUGGUUAUGGAGGGCCGGCUAGGGUAUCGGGUGGCAAGGAUGAGCAUUAAGGAGGUGGCCGUGUUCCUAAAUCAUUGGUAGGCUCUGUCUCAGUAGCGUCAGGAAGCAUUAUUUUAUUUAAUCUGUACAACACUGAGAUAGGCUUUAUUAUUUGGGUGGCUGGUUGAUAAAUAGUUAUUAUAUACUAUUGAGAAUCUCUGUGUAAAGAGUUAAAUUGAUUUUGAAACGAGUCUUCACAUUUUUCCAAGGAAAACAAAGCUGCUCAAACAGUUUCUGAUCUUUGCCAUCAGUUUCUGUUUACAUUUGAUAGUGAAUUUGAGUUCUUGGUAUCAGGAAGGGUGAGCAGUUGAAGAGAAUGUGGUCGUGCGCGUGCGUGUGUGUAAGGGGACCUAAACCGGCUGGAAUUAGCCUACUGAGUGUCCCUGCCUUCCUGGAACCUCACAGUGAUCCAUCCCCUGCCUCUGGGGGUGGGGGACCGGCAGAAGCUGGUACUGGAUGAACUCAUAGAUUUGAGCACUGCUCAUGCACGCAGAUCCAUGCUUCUGUUGUGUGUGUGGGGGGGGGGGGGUGGGGGGCAGGCUACAGAGAAUACCUGUUCUGAUUUGGGAGGCAUGAGCAAUGCGUGGUGCCAAAACCUCACGGGAAGGUCCUCCAGCUGCUUCUAAAACAUGCAGCGGUGCUCAGGAGGGCUGACCGCUAAGAGGCUGCCAUUCAUUUGGCCGCACCUUACUUAGAUCCCUGGCCCCUCAAAAAGUCUGGUGGCCUCUGUGGCUGCAGAGUUGUCACCCCGCCCUAACGAUGGGCGAAGGCAUGGACAUGGAGUAUCUGCAUGAAGUUUUCUCAGGGCUUGUCGAUCUCCCGAAGCGUGUCCUAAGGAUACAUCAAUUUUGUGGACUUCUUUCAGGAAAACACAUACUCUGGGGACCAGAAAUUUGAAUGAGCUUGAAGAGGGGAUAGGCAGAAGGGGUUAUUUUAAGGCCUCGGAUGCUACCCAGACAGAAAGCAAAGUGUGGAUGAGAGAGCCCACCUCGCCCUGGGAGAAAGGCUUGUACUUUUCUCAAUGCGGAAAUGGUGUGGUUACAAAAUGUGUUCCCCCAAAGCAAAGUGAAGGUCAGGAGAUGCUGUGGAUUUUAUUUUAUUUCAUUUUUAUUAUUUAUUUAUUUUUUUAAAGAUUUUAUUUAUUUAUUUGACAGAGUUAGUGAGAGCAGAAACAAGCAGGGGGAGUGGGAAAGGGAGAAGCAGGCUUCCCGCAGAGCAGGGAGCCCGAUGCGGGGCUCGAUCCCAGGACCCUGGAAUCAUGACCUGAGCCGAAGGCAGACGCUUAACCGACUGAGUCACCCAGGUGCCCCAAUGUUGUGGAUUUUAAAAUUAUGCUCAAUGUGCAAACUAAAGCAUGUUUUUCCCUUUCAGUUAUGCUUUAAUUUGAAUCAGCGUUGUUUUAAGUUUGUCUAUGAACCAAAUUAAUAUUGUAUUAUCACUGGGAGAAGGGACUUAGUGAAAAUGUGAUUUUAUUAUGUUUUGAGCUUUGUUAAAGAGGGAAAUCUUGCUUCUUAAGAUAAAAAUCUUUUCUGGAAAAGUCUUAAUUCAUAAGCAAAACAAUGUCAUUUUUGGUUUUAAAUGUAUAGUUUCUUAUCUCUUAGGGUUUUAUUUAUCAGUUGCAGUUAAUUACAUCCUUUCUCAUUUUGGGGUAACAUUAAACAGUUUCAGUUUAGAGGCUGUGAACAUUGUUUCAUUCUACAUCCUGAAAUAGCCUUUUAAUUUUGCUUUCUCAGGAGGGGAGGAGCUCCCUCAUGACUGCAUUCAGCCAUUAGGUGGAAACACUCCCUACUGAGUUUUUAAAACACAAUUUUCAAAAGAAACUUUACUUGAACAUUCCCAACCUCUGUUUCUUUCCAUAGUAUAAACUUUCCCAAAGGGAAUAAUGUAUCAAUUGAUAUGGUCGCAACAAUCAUUUUAUUUGGGCCUGGAGAGCAUAAAACAUUUUGUUACUAAUUUAAUUAAAGUAGAAAUUUUGAAUACAUGGUCUUUGAGUAGAAUGUGGAUAUAGUGAAGAAUAAGUAGAAGUUACGUGUAUCUUUCCUGUGGUAGGCCCGUUCUGUUUCUGGAUGAAGUUUUUCUAUUGAAUUAUAUUAGUGUUUCUUGAAACUGGAAUCUGCUUUACUCAAGGAUCUGCUGGAAGAAUUCCUGAAGUUGUUACCAGCCUUCUCCAUGCCUCUCUACUCCCACCUCCUCCGUGGCCUCCUCCACCUCCCAUCUGGAGAAUUUCUCAUUUCUUGCUUACCACAGAUGCCAAUGUAGGGGAGGGGGACUUCUGGCCGAAGCUGGAUUGCAGGCUGUUUUCUCAAAGGAGGGAUUUAAAGGUCUAUUGAAAAUUUGGAAUGCCCUUGUUUGCCACAUGGAUGUUUGAGAAAUAGAAGACUCUCUGGAGCUUACUUGAGUCUUAAAAUCAACCCUACUUUACUUCUAGAUUUCUAAAUUUCAAUAUUUUUGAGUCAAAUUUGAUACAAAGAAUUAUAUGUGAUGUAUUUCUAGUCUUUGUAUCAUUAAUACGUGUUGUAUAUUUGUGCCUAAAUUAUAAGACUUGGAAUUUAUUAUUUUAAAGAAUUGUAGAGGUUUAGGACAUCUUUAUUUUCUGAGAUUCUUGACAAAUUUUUGUGAUUAUUACAUAUUUUUAUUUGAAAAUACUUUUAUGUUUAUAGCCGUUGACCUACGUGGGUCUAUAGAAGCGCAUCAUGAAGCCUAAGGAUUGUCCAAAGCACUGCGGACAAAGGUCUUCCUAAACCCUAACCAUAUGGGAGAACAGAAGUUUUUCCUCUCUGACUUAAUCUCGCUCUGCAGCAGUUUUCAGAGAUGGAGUUUUAACAUUGAAUGCGGAGAACACUAAUUAUGCCUAUCAAGUUCCAAACUUCCAUAAGUGUGAAAUCUGUCUGCUAUCUUUUCCAAAAGAGUCCCAGUUUCAACGCCACAUGAGGGAUCACGAGCGAAAUGACAAGCCACAUCGAUGUGACCAGUGCCCCCAAACAUUUAAUGUUGAAUUCAACCUGACACUUCAUAAAUGCACCCACAAUGGGGAAGAUCCUACCUGUCCUGUGUGUAACAAGAAAUUCUCCAGAGUGGCUAGUCUCAAAGCGCAUAUUAUGCUACAUGAAAAGGAAGAGAAUCUCAUCUGCUCUGAGUGUGGGGAUGAAUUCACCCUGCAGAGCCAGCUGGCCAUACACAUGGAGGAGCACCGCCAGGAGCUGGCUGGGAGCCGGCUUCACGCCUGCAAGGCCUGUAGGAAAGAGUUCGAGACGUCCUCCCAGCUGAAGGAGCACAUGAAGACUCACUAUAAAAUUAGGGUAUCAAGUACAAGGUCUUAUAACCGGAACAUUGACAGGAGUGGAUUCACAUAUUCAUGCCCGCACUGUGGAAAGACAUUUCAAAAGCCAAGUCAGUUAACUCGGCAUAUUAGGAUACACACAGGUGAAAGGCCAUUUAAGUGUAGUGAAUGUGGGAAAGCUUUUAACCAGAAGGGGGCAUUGCAGACUCACAUGAUUAAGCAUACAGGUGAAAAACCCCAUGCCUGUGCCUUCUGUCCUGCUGCCUUUUCUCAAAAAGGGAAUCUCCAGUCCCACGUGCAGAGAGUUCACUCAGAGGUCAAGAAUGGCCCUACCUAUAAUUGUACAGAAUGUAGUUGUGUAUUUAAAAGUCUAGGUAGCUUGAACACUCAUAUCAGCAAGAUGCACAUGGGCGGACCACAGAAUCCAGCAAGCUCCACAGAGACCGCUCACGUUUUAACGGCCACGCUGUUUCAGACGUUACCUCUCCAGCCGACGGAAGUCCAUGUCACGUCUGCGUCGAGCCAGCAGAAUUCCCAGGCCGUGACCGACGUCAUCCAGCAGCUGCUGGAGCUCUCAGAGCCGGGGCCGGCGGAGUCCAGCCAGCCCGCACAGCCUGGCCAGCAGCUCAGCAUCACCGUGGGCAUCAACCAGGACAUUUUGCAGCAAGCCUUAGAAAACAGUGGGCUGUCUUCAAUUCCAGCUGCAGCACACGCUCACGACACCAGCCAUGCCAGGACGCCCUCGGUGCAGGUUCAGAAUCCGGAUGCUCCUCACGCUUCGAGUGAGCAGACCCACUCCACAGAGGCAGAGCAGGAAAAAGAUCAAGAAAGCCCAGAGAAGUUGGAUAAAAAAGAAAAAAAAAUUAUAAAGAAGAAAUCACCAUUUCUACCUGGUUCAAUCCGCGAGGAGAAUGGCGUCCGGUGGCAUGUGUGUCCCUACUGCACGAAGGAGUUCCGGAAGCCUAGCGACCUGGUGCGCCACAUCCGCAUUCACACCCACGAGAAGCCCUUCAAGUGUCCGCAGUGUUUCCGGGCCUUCGCUGUGAAGAGCACCCUGACCGCUCACAUCAAAACACACUCGGGCAUUAAGGCCUUCAAGUGCCAGUACUGCAUGAAGAGCUUCUCCACCUCGGGGAGCCUCAAAGUACACAUCCGCUUGCACACAGGGGUCAGACCUUUUGCUUGUCCUCACUGUGACAAAAAGUUUCGAACCUCAGGCCAUAGGAAGACUCACAUUGCUUCUCACUUUAAACACACGGAGUUAAGAAAGAUGAGGCACCAGCGUAAACCUGCAAAGGUUCGAGUCGGCAAGGCCAACGUUCCAGUCCCCGAUAUUCCUUUGCAAGAGCCGAUUCUCAUAACUGACGUAGGUCUUAUCCAGCCCAUUCCAAGAAACCAGUUUUUUCAAAGUUACUUUAAUAAUAAUUUUGUAAACGAAGCAGAUAGACCGUACAAGUGUUUUUACUGUCAUCGUGCGUAUAAAAAAUCUUGCCACCUUAAACAACACAUCAGAUCACAUACAGGUGAAAAGCCUUUUAAAUGUUCUCAGUGUGGAAGAGGCUUUGUUUCUGCAGGAGUGCUCAAAGCACACGUCCGAACGCACACUGGACUAAAAUCUUUCAAGUGUCUGAUAUGUAACGGAGCUUUCACUACUGGUGGGAGCUUACGGCGACAUAUGGGUAUCCAUAAUGACCUUCGUCCCUAUAUGUGUCCCUAUUGCCAGAAAACAUUUAAGACCUCACUAAAUUGCAAAAAGCACAUGAAAACCCAUAGAUACGAGCUUGCCCAGCAGCUCCAGCAGCAUCAGCAAGCUGCCUCGCUGGACGACAGCGCCGUGGACCAGCAGAGCAUGCACGUCUCGACGCACAUGCAGGUGGAGAUUGAGAGCGAGCAGCUGCAGGCGGCAGCGGCGGGCCCUGCGAACCCCGAGGCCAUGCUGGACCUGGAGCCUCAGCAGGUCGUGCGCACGGAGGACGCGGGACUGGGUCAGCAGUUGACGCAUCAGCCUCUGGAAGCAGAUGAAGACAGGUUCGUGGCUCCACCACCCGCUCUCCAGGGGCACAUGGACCAGUUUGAAGAGCAGGCGCCUCCGCAGCCGUCCUUCGAACCAGGUGGCUUGUCACAGGGCUUUACCGUGACGGAUACGUACAGCCAACAGCCCACGUUUGCCCCCGUCCAGCAGCUACAAGACUCCAGCACGCUGGAGUCUCAGGCCCUCUCCACCAGCUUCCACCAGCAGAACCUGCUGCAGGUCCCCAGCUCUGACGCGAUGAAUGUCACAACGCGUUUGAUCCAAGAGUCGUCCCAAGAGGAACUGGAGCUGCAGACUCAGCGUCCCCAAUUCCUGGAGGACAGGGAGGACCAGAGCCGGCGCUCCUACAGGUGUGAGUACUGCAACAAAGGCUUCAAGAAGUCCAGCCACCUGAAGCAGCACGUGAGGUCCCACACCGGGGAGAAGCCCUACAAGUGCAAGCUCUGUGGACGCGGCUUUGUCUCUUCUGGGGUCCUCAAGUCGCACGAGAAGACACACACAGGGGUAAAGGCGUUCAGCUGCAGUGUUUGCAACGCCUCGUUCACGACCAACGGCAGCCUCACGCGGCACAUGGCCACGCACAUGAGCAUGAAGCCCUACAAGUGUCCGUUCUGUGAGCAGGGCUUCCGGACCACAGUGCACUGUAAGAAGCAUAUGAAGAGGCACCAGGCCGUCCCCUCUGCUGUGUCCGCCACGGGGGACGCGGAAGGAGGAGAUGUGUGUAUGGAGGAAGAGGAAGAGAAUUCUGAAAGAAGUGCAUCUCGAAAGGUUCGUCCCGAGGUCAUCACUUUCACGGAGGAGGAGACGGCGCAGUUAGCGAAGAUUCGGCCGCAGGAAAGUGCGACCGUCUCCGAGCAGGUCCUGGUGCAGUCGGCGGCCGAGAAGGACCGCAUCAGCGAGAUGAAGGACAGGCAGGCGGAGCUGGAGGCUGAGCCCAAGUACGCUAACUGCUGCUCGUACUGCCCCAAGAGCUUCAAGAAGCCCAGCGACCUAGUGAGGCAUGUUCGGAUCCACACUGGAGAAAAGCCAUACAAAUGUGACGAAUGCGGGAAGAGCUUUACCGUUAAGUCGACCCUGGACUGCCACGUGAAGACCCACACAGGUCAGAAGCUCUUCAGCUGUCACGUCUGCAGCAACGCCUUCUCGACGAAGGGAAGCCUGAAGGUGCACAUGCGUCUGCACACAGGAGCGAAGCCUUUCAAGUGUCCCCACUGCGAGCUGCGCUUCCGCACGUCGGGGCGGAGGAAGACUCACAUGCAGUUCCAUUAUAAGCCCGACCCGAAGAAGGCGCGGAAGCCAGUGACUCGAAGCUCCUCGGAGGGACUGCAGCCCGUGAACCUGCUCAGUCCGACGUCCACCGACCCCAACGUGUUCAUCAUGAACAACUCUGUUCUCACGGGACAGUUCGAUCAAAACGUGCUUCAGCAAGGCCUGGUGGGCCAGGCUAUUCUUCCUGCCUCCGUGUCCGCCGGCGGUGACUGGACAGUGUCCCUGACGGACGGGAGCCUGACCACCCUGGAGGGCAUACAGUUACAGUUGGCCGCUAACCUAGUCGGCCCCAACGUUCAGAUCUCUGGAAUCGAUGCCUCCAGCAUUAAUAACAUCACGCUGCAGAUUGACCCGACUAUUUUGCAGCAAACGUUACAGCAGGGCAACUUGCUUACUCAGCAGCUGCCGGGGGAGCCCGGCCUGGCCUCACAGAGCAGCUCUCUUCAGACCCAGGACAGCACGGUCCCAGCCAGUGUCGUCAUCCAGCCCAUCCCUGGCCUGUCCUUACAGCCCACCGUGACGUCCGCCAGUCUGACCAUCGGCCCGCUGUCUGAGCAGGACCCUGUGAUGACCACCAGCAGCAGUGGGACUCAAGACCUCUCUCAGGUGAUGACAUCGCAAGGCCUGGUGUCCACCUCCAGCGGCCCCCACGAGAUCACCCUGACCAUUAACAACUCAAGUCUGAGCCAGGUCUUGGCGCAGGCUGCCGGGCCCACCGCUGCGUCGUCCUCAGGGUCUCCCCAGGAAAUCACCCUGACCAUCUCUGGUCAAGAUCUUAUUCAGCACAAUGCUAAUGGAAGUAGUGAAGUGAACGGAAGCAUAAGGCUAUCAGCUCCUGCUGCCAGUGGUCAGUCCGCCGGCGCCACCCUAACCAUAAGCAGUGACCAGCUGCUCGCCCAGAGCGCGACCCUGAACUCCUCAGAGCUGAAUGCUACCCCUGGAAGCCUCCCUGCGACGACACCCAUGUCUCCAUCGGCCAUGUCUGCUCAGAACCUGGUCAUGGCUUCAUCAGCAGUCGGAGGAGAUGCUAGCGUCACGCUCACUCUGGCCGAUACUCAGGGCCUGCUCUCCGGAGGACUGGACACGGUCACGCUCAACAUUGCUUCUCAGGGUCAGCAGUUCCCAGCCUUACUCACGGACCCCUCGCUGUCGGGCCAAGGGGGAGCAGGUUCGCCGCAGGUCAUCCUAGUGAGCCACACCCCACAGCCCUCCGCCGCUGCGUGUGAGGAAAUCGCCUACCAGGUCGCCGACGUGCCGGGCGGGCCGCCCGCGAAGGAGGGCCGGGUGCACCGGUGCCUGGACUGUGGCCGCGCCUUCGCGUCGGCCGCCGUGCUGCUUCACCACAGCAAGGAAGUGCACGGCCGGGAGCGCAUCCACGUGUGCCCCGUGUGCAGGAAGGCCUUCAAGCGCGCCACGCACCUCAAGGAGCACAUGCAGACUCAUCAGGCGGGCCCUUCGCCAAGCUCCCAGAAGCCAAGAGUGUUUAAAUGUGACACCUGUGGAAAGGCGUUCGCCAAGCCCAGCCAGCUAGAGCGGCACAGCCGCAUCCACACAGGAGAGCGGCCGUUUCGCUGCACUCUGUGUGAGAAAGCCUUCAACCAGAAGAGCGCCCUGCAGGUGCACAUGAAGAAGCACACGGGCGAGAGGCCCUACAAGUGUGACUACUGCAUCAUGGGCUUCACCCAGAAGAGCAACAUGAAGCUCCACAUGAAGCGGGCGCACAGCUACGCGGGAAGUCUGCCGGAGCCCGUGGUCCAGCAGGAGCACGGCGCCGAGGAGCUGAGCCGGACCCUCCACCUGGAGGAGGUGGUGCAGGAGUCCGCGAGCGAGUGGCAGGCCCUGGCCAAUGUGUUCUGACGCGGCCCAUCCCCACCUCGGAGGCCGUUUCCGAAGUUAAAUGUUGCGAAGAACAGAGCACUUGGAAUUUCUGUUUUGAGGCUUCAGGUGUUAAAAAUGUUACCGUGCUAGUUUUUUAGCUAUAAAAUUAUCUCAAGAAUCAUUGUCUUCAGAGACUGAUAGGAAACAACCGGGAGCAGUGUGAACGCGUCGUUGUCAUUUGUCUACAAAUCACUGAACUCAGGUACUACACUGGGGCAGUUCUACCUUCCCCUCGGCGGCCAGUGCAUCUAGUUACAAAGACGUUAACUGGAUCUUACUAUCAUUGUAGUGUGACCUCUUUGUAUUAGCAAAGACAGAAGGUAACGUGGAGAAAGUAAGAUAGAUUUUCCUUCAUGCUUUCUGUUGUAAGAAGCAUAGCUCAUAAAACAAACAUAAAAUCGGUGCAUGAAGUUCAGAAAAAUGUUAGAACACACAGGGAAGUGUUUUCCACUUUCUUUCUCUGUGCAUUUUGAAAUUAGAAAUUGACUCUUUUUAGUCUACCAUAAGUUACUAGAUUACCUGGAGAGAUGGCUGGACCAUUCUCUCUGCAUUACGAUUCUCGAACCAUUAGCUACAAGACUGCAGCAUCGGGGCAUAAAUGGGGGAGGGGGGCACAAAUGAGGAUGAAGGCGUCCUCACAGGAUGGGGCGCGGGGCCGCACUUGCUUCCUAAGUCCACCUUCAGGUCCGUGGGUUAGAUGAUUGCAGAAAGCACAAGCCAUACGUCGCAAGCAGGUGAGAGCAGAACUGUGUCCUCGGAGUAAAGGAACCGUGGCCCCGUCCCGCCCCAGCCACGAAGCGGCGUGUUUGUAGGUUAGAGGUAACAUCCCGAACAAGCCCCGUGUUCCUCUCUUCAUGCAUAGGCAGGUGUGUUGUUUAUUUCAGGGAACUCUUUACUAUCAUCAAUGGUGCCACAUUGAACACGUCCCAAACCAAAUCCCACCCCGAGCCGGGGCAGAGUGUGCGUUGCUCCUACAGCAUUCCAAAGACGGAAAGUUCUUUACUUCAUGUGAGUUUCUCCUUCAGAAUUAUUUAUAUGUUCUAUAUAUAAAUACAUAUGUACAUAGACAGAUAUAUGGGCCUCUGUGUGGCUGAACAGUAUAUUUUGUAAAUAGAAGCACUCGUCCCGAUUACAGAGAGAGCGCAUCAGAGUUCUGACCUCCCCACGAGCACUUCCGAUCAGUAUUGUAUUCAUUAUAGUAAUAAAUGGGUAUCUUUUUCAUUGUAACAUAAAGGUGGGGUUGUUUUGCUUUUGUUUUUUCCUGAAAAAUAAUUGCCUUUAUUUUGUCUCAUGGCCUCCCUGGUUUCAGAAGAGAGCAGCUUUAUUAUAAAUAUUGUAUGGACUUUGUAUAUUAAGAGAGGAGCUCAUUUCAGAUUCGUGAAGAAAGAGACAUUUUCACUGUUAUUUUUUCAAAGGGCAUCUUUUGAUUUUUGUUGUUGUUCACUUUUUGGCAUAUGUACAUAAGUAAUGUUGAUGAUAUAAAAACUUUUGUUAUGUGAAAAUAUUUAAGUCAGAAAACUGUUAAAUAAUAUUACUUUUUUUUCAAA